GUUACGUGCGUUCGCACGAUGUCUUGCUACAUAACCAGUUUUGUAGUAAGUUUCCUUCCUAACAUUCAGUCACAAUCUAACGCACUUUCGGAUUUAUCGUGUUCACGUCAAAUAUGAUGCUCGUUAGGAAUUUGUUCAGAACUUCAGUGAAACUAAAUGUGAAACGAUAUUCUGUAGAUACCGUGAAACAGAUACCUCCUAAAAUUCUUAUUACUGGUGGCCUAGGUCAACUAGGAGUUGAAUGCGCCAAGUAUCUCCGAAAGAAAUACGGUAAAGAAAAUGUUAUCCUAUCGGACAUCAUCAAACCAACGGAGGAAAUCGUCAACGACGGACCUUAUCUUUUCGUCGACAUCUUAGAUUUUAAGGGCUUACAGAAAAUAGUAGUGAAUCAUAGGGUGGAUUGGCUGAUACAUUUUUCGGCGCUCUUGAGCGCUAUAGGAGAACAAAAUGUUCCGUUAGCUGUAAGAGUAAAUAUAGAAGGGAUGCACAACGUCAUAGAACUUGCGAAACAGUAUAAGCUUAGAGUAUUUGUACCCAGCACUAUUGGAGCCUUUGGACCUGAUUCUCCAAGAAACCCUACUCCUAAUAUAACAGUGCAAAGACCUAGAACAAUUUACGGCGUGUCUAAAGUACACGCAGAACUCUUAGGAGAGUAUUAUUAUCAUAGAUUUGGAUUGGAUUUCCGUUGUCUGAGGUUCCCUGGGGUCAUCUCCAGUGACCCACCAGGUGGUGGGACUACAGACUACGCCAUAGCGAUCUUCCACGAUAUCCUUCGAAAAGGGCAGUACGAAUGUUACUUAAAGCCGGACACUCGUCUCCCCAUGAUGCACAUUAGAGACGCCCUGAGAGCCCUAUCAGAGUACCUCGAGGUUCCUAAUGAGCAGCUCAAUAGAAGGGUAUAUAAUGUCACCGCGAUGGACUUUACCCCCGAAGAGCUCGUCGAAGCUAUGUCUAAGUAUCUGAAAGAUCUAAAAAUCACAUACAAACCUGACUCCAGGCAAGAUAUAGCGGAUUCUUGGCCACAAGUAUUCGAUGACAGCGAAGCUCGUCGCGACUGGAAGUGGAAACCAGAAGUAGAAAUGGACGAUCUCGUUAGACUCAUGAUCAAAGAAGUCAGGGAAAGGAUAGCUUUAAACGGAUUCUAAAAAAUCCAACUUACGACUACGGCCCCUUAAGUUAAAUAUUAUUAUGGUUGUGAAUAAAACAGGUUAUUCAAUCAA